UAGUGCAGUGUAGUGUGUUUAUAUUAUCUCAUCAGAAACGAGGUUACCGGACAAGUGUAGAGUGAUGUUGUUGUAGUUGCAGUAAAUCGAAAAGAAAAACAACACCACUUUGGUUGCAUUUAGAGGAAAAAGUGCAUCGUACCUAGGGGUAGUUUGGCGCCUUCUUCAUAUACCUACCUGCAUCCGCAGCGCUCGAAGCAAACCGAGAGCGAAUAACAUGAAGAACAGUUGUUUGCAACAAGGCAAACCGUAGCAACUUCUUGCGAGAGUGUUGUGUGAGCGCACUGCUACAGCUAGACAGUGUUUGGUUAAUCUUGCUGGUGGUUAUGUUAAAAUUGCGCCAGAGUUAGUCGAACUUAAAAGUUCUACGAAAACGGAUGUUUGUACGGAGCGAAUGAAGAGACACUCGUGACUGCCAAAGUGUUUGGUGUGUUUUUCUGAGCUGUUUGACUUUCGGUGCCAAAUAUCGUCGAUAGUGCGACAGUGCGACAUUUGGUAAACAUGAAUAAGUCUGUUAUAAUUAUAAGCAUCAUGCUAAUUCUGGGUAGCGUACAGAUCCCUCCCACCGAGGCCACCGUUGUGCGAUUAUUCACCGAGCUGCUCCAGAACAACGUUGCCGGCAUUCCACUGAUCCACAAAACCGAAGAGUUUGAUUUCGACCCGGAGGUUAGCAAAAAGCGACGAGAUUUGUACUAUGAGCAACAUGGAUAUCGAGGUGAGAAAGCCAUCGAACGGCUGGGCUUAGGAAUCGACGGUAAUCAUCGGGAACGGGAAGCCUACCAGCGACUGCGGGACGAAGGCCAUCUGAAUGGGUUGAAUGAUCACCAGCCUUGAGUGCGGUUGUCGUCGUCGUCGUGUGAAUAAGUGAGAUUGCGAUUGAAUGCGUGUGUGAUUUGAUUCUGGUUGUCCAACGCUACCAGCGCAGUUGACUUGUGUACUUGUUAUAUAGCGAAAUGCUUGAGAUGGUAAGCAGCUACCUACAGUAAUCCUUCCAUUUAUGCAGUGGGUUGUACCGUCCACUCACCGCUUUUGGUCGGCUUUCCGUCAAUCAAUUGAGCUGAUUUUCUGUAGAUAACUAGUUUAUGGUUGACACUAAUCAGCGAAAUUCGUUGAAGGUCAGACGAGAAAAUGUGAUGGGUGGACUGUACCACCCAUCGCAUAAAUGGAGGGAUUACUGUAUCAAAAUGUCAAGCUGCAGUUUACGAUGUGUAGCUGGGAGGAGUAAUGAAGCUGAACAUGAGGUGAUUAGCUUAAUUUUGUCAGAGUGCUAUUACCAAAACCGGUUUUGGUAGCAGUUACAAUGUGACAAGGGUAAUGGAGCAUGUGCAAUACGU